UCGCGGCCGGUUUUCAAUUCCCGGAAAUUUGAAUCAAAAUGAUGUCUGUUUAUACUAGAAAUCUUCGAAAUCAAUGUCUCAGAACCCUUUCUUCCCUCCUCCUCAAUCAAAGGGUUGAUGUCAUCACGAGAAGCAGUUUUGCUGCAAUUUCGAUGCCUGGAUUCAGCAAUGUGAGCUGUGAAUCGUCUUCGGCGCCGAAAAUAUGGAGCAGUUUUGACGGAGCGCGGCGUUUCUCGUCGAAGAGUAUGAGGAGUAAAGUGGAGAAGCGGAUGCAGCGGGAGUCGGGCAAAACCCUAAGGGAAAUUCGGAGAGCGAAAAAAUUGAGGAAGAAAUUGAUGACUGAUGAAGAACGCCUCAUAUACAAUCUUAGAAGGGCAAAGAAAAAGGUGGCUUUGCUUCUUCAGAAGCUGAAAAAGUACGAACUGCCAGAGCUUCCGCUUCCUCGCCAUGAUCCCGAGUUGUUCACUGCAGAGCAGUUGCAGGCAUACAAGAAGAUUGGUUUCAGAAAUAAGAACUAUGUCCCUGUUGGUGUUCGCGGUGUCUUUGGAGGAGUUGUUCAGAACAUGCACCUUCACUGGAAAUUCCAUGAGACAGUCCAAGUUUGUUGUGAUAAUUUCCCCAAGGAAAAGAUUAAAGAGAUGGCAUCCAUGCUCACAAGAUUGAGUGGAGGGAUUGUCGUGAAUGUACACAAUGUGAAAACCAUUAUCAUGUUUCGUGGCAGAAACUAUCGCCAACCUAAGAACUUGAUACCUAUCAACACCCUCACGAAAAGGAAGGCAUUAUUCAAGGCACGAUUUGAACAGGCCCUCGAAUCUCAGAAGCUUAACAUAAAAAAGAUAGAACAAGAGCUUCGUAGGAAGGGUGUGAAUCCUGAUGACCCAGUUGCCAUGGCUAGCAUCCAAAGAGUGGCUUCGACUUUUUUCAAUGCUAUUGAUAAGAGAGAGGGAAGUCCCUACGUCUUUCGAGAGGACAAGAAAACACAAGUGGCAUCUGAGGAGAGCUUUCAGCAGCCGCAAGAUGCUGGUGAUGAUAGUGAUCAGGAGGAGCUCGACCGAUUCAUUGCAGAGAUAGAAGAUGCGGCUGAUAAAGAAUGGGCCGAGGAGGAAUCAGCAGAGAAGGAAGAGCUUAACCGGAUUAGAUACUGGAAUAGAGAAGAUUUUGGUGGUAGAUACCAAAGAUUUGAAGGUAUCAGAAAUGAGGACUUGGGUAAUGAAACGAAGGAUAGGAUGAAAUCCAGGGAUCAAAGGCGUAGGGGGAGAGCCUCUGACAGUGAGGUUGAAGGUGAUGACGGCGGGUUUGAAUCUGAUGGCAUUGGAGAAGUGGUUCGUGGGAGUCAUGAGGAUGACUCUGAUGAAUCUAAUGGGGAGAGAUAUCAGCGUAGCAACGCUGGCAGAGCCAACAGCAGGGGUUUUGGUAGAAAUGAAAUGAAACCCAAUGGUAGGAAGAAUCAGCAUACUGUUCGAGAACACGCAUUAAGUGAUUUGGAAGAUAUAACGUGGGAUUCGGAGGGUGAAGGGCAAGACCUGAGGGAUUCAAGAACAUCAAACCGUCAGAGUAAGAGCAGUAGGAAUGUCGAUAACUUUGAACAGACAGAGAUGAACAGAAGAUCGCAUAGAGGCACUCCAACAAUGUCGAUAGGGAGUGCUUUUGAUCGAGAUCCAUUUAGCGAAUCGGAGCAGGCAGAAUGGGAGUCAGAUGCCACAUCAGGAGAUGAUGAAGGCAGCAAAUAAUCGACGAUGCAGUAUACCAGAAUCAGAAAAUCCAAGAAUGUUGGGUGAAAUUUGAACUUGUGGCAGCUUCUGAUAACUCCUCAUGAUGCAAGGCUAUAAGAUUCCGAACUUCUCAUUUUCCUUGACGAGAAAAGGAAAAAACUGGUUGGAGGUUCAUGAUACGUGGAGAAGGUUGGUGCCUCGCCGUUGCCGUGGACAAUUUGUUCGAUGUUGCUGCUUCUCAACAGGUUGGAAUUGGGGAUGAGUGGAACUGUUGAUGUGGAAUUUUUAUUUAUCAAAUAUUUUUCUGGAUUUUACCACAUGUUGAUAACUGAAGCCUAGCAAGAUGGAACUUAAUGCUCCUUGUUCUAUCUUUUUUAUGUGGUGAAAUAGUUUUAUAAAAACUUUAGUGGGCGUUAAGAUUCA